GGUUAUAAACAUGUCGAGGUAACUCGAUCAAGUCAACAAAUACAAAGUUUACUAUUACAACUGCUAAUUAAAUUCAAGAGCUAGACUUGUAAAUAAUGGUAGGCCUAAUAAUAGUAAAAAAAUUAUGAUACAUUUAUAAAUGUCAUGAAAAAUAUCAUGAAUUCUUAUUGCGACGUUUGUUUUUCAUGGAAAUACGAUAAGCCACCAGUAACUAUUACAAAAUUUAGUCAAACUGGCUUCGAGUCUGAGACUGAGGAAGAAAACAACACAGAAAGGUAACUUUUAUUCCUUUUAACUUUUUUAAAUAGUUAAUGUCUUUUAGUGAUGACGAAAUGAACCGCCCGUUGGGUUGGCUUAAAUGUAUGUUUUAUUAUACUUAAAAUUUGUACUCUUACUUAACUGCAAACUUUGACUUUGAUCUAUCUAACCAAUGACCAGGGAAUCAGUGAAUGAAUGAAUAUCAUGAGUUAAAUACAAAAUAUGAUUAAUGAAUGAAUUUUGAAUGUCUGCUGGCUGAUGGAAUGAGAAAAGGAAAAAUGGUUAGUUACGCAAGCCAUAAUAUUGCCAUUAAUUCCAUUAUCAUAAACGUCACAAUGCAUUAUUAUAAUUGUUAAAUAUAGACAAUCAGCCUCAGUGCAGCCAUCCUGGUUGUCAAGACCAGUGAAAGGUCACCCUACCCCUAAACCUAUACCAAAGCCUAACCUGAACCCUAAUAAAAUAAUCCCUAAACCUAACCUGAACCCUAAACCUAUUAAGUGAAAUAAACACAUAAAUGACAUCAUGGCAUGAAUUGUCUACUUUGGCUUUAGCAGCAGGCUUUAGCCUAAAAAUGUAUUGCGACCAUUUUUUUUAAAAAUUAGGAAAUUUAAAAUCAUUUUGGCUCAACAGUUGUUCACUGUUAAGUACUGCUGUCUAUAGGGAGAAAUUAAUCUCUUAUUUUAAGUUUAUGGCUCGUUCUAAACAGUACAUAACAAAAGAUGAUAACAAAUGAGAAUUAUAAAAGCAAAAGAAUACGACACUCAAAACAGGGCUAACUACAAUUAAUACGAUUUAUUAAGUUACUAAUAAAUUACAAAAGAAAAGAAAUAUAAUUAAAAUCAUUAACUUACAGAGUACUGUUUUGCUUGUACCGGUACACAGUUGAUGAUAAUACAAUGUGCCAAAAAAAAGAUAAAACAAUGAAUAAGAAUUCAUACAUAUAAGCAUUCAAAACUCUAGCAAGAAUAACACACUCUAAAAAUAACUAUCGCCUGUCAUCCGGUAAAGUAAAAAAUAUCUCUUGAUAAAAUGCUCCCCAAAAAUCAAUCUUGUCCCCUUUGUAUAGUCUGUUCAACUAGUGUAUCUAGCUAGAACUGCCUUAUGCAUUGUUUUCCUUUUCAGUUUUCUCCAGAUUUUUCUACAGAAAUCUGAUAGAUACAGUCUAUUAAUUUUAUUUAGGUCAAGAGACUAUUUUUAGCCAGCCAUACCUUAAAUGCGGUUUCGAGCUUGCUUGAAAAAACAAUUAUUUGUGGUUACACAGAGAAUUCUUCUGUCUGUGCGGUGUUCUUUUGAGUAAAAGUAUUAUUAUUGUGAAACUAAUUUAUAAUUAGGAUGAAUUUUAUAUUUUUCUAGUUGUUCCAUUCAUUUAUGCCUGAAAUAUCAGUUUUGUUUAAAAAUAAUCAAUUUUGAUUUUGUUUUCUUUCACUGUACUGGUUACAACUCACGCCUAACCAGGAUAAAUUGACAAAUGCCCCAAAGCCAGUUUUGUACUAGUAAAAACAGAACAAAUGGUCAUCUUAUCAUUAUUUAAAUAUGAUAUAAUAUGCCAUAUUUAUUAUUAUUAUAUAUUUAUGAAAUAGACUAAGAUUAGUGUUUCAUCUGUAGGUAUAUUAUUAAAAAGGGCAUUUAAUCACCAGUAUGAUAUUGAUAAAACUUUAGAGUAAUAUACUCAAAGUAGCUGGAGUUGUAAAUUUGUUUCCAACUCUGCAGUCAUUAUGAUGCCUAUGCACUAAAAUUUUUACUUAUUGGAAGAAUACUUUUGAUAAGUCUAUUCAUUACAAUUUUUAUAAACCUUCAUUCUAAAUGAGCAAUUUGACAGAAAUAAUGUGUUUCUUAAUGCCAAUUAAAAUCUCAGUUUCAAGCUUUGCUCUGAGGAUCAAAUUGAACUGAAAUAUCUUGGAGAGAGUCAAGAGUCAUUCCACUGCAUUUUAUACCUCAAUUGCCAAAAACCAGAAUUGGCAAGAAUAAAUGGUUUUUGCAUUAUCAGUGAAUCAAGAACCCUGGAAAUAUGCAAUGACACUGAUGGAUACUUGGUGACUGUCCAUGGAAAAUUAUUAGGGAAUGUUAGCUCAGAUCAGUUGCAUACACAGUUUUAUGAAUGCAGAUGCUCAUUUGAAGAUAGCUUCUCAAACAUCUCUGUUAAGGUGAGUAAACCACUUAUUGUUUAAGAGUAUAAUUAUAAUUUGAAUUAUAAAGUAUGUAGAUAUGUUCUUAAAAUAGUUGCUGUCAUUUAGGAUAUUGUUAUAUUGUACUAAGAUCAUUAACAUUAACAUGCAAGACAUUUACCUUAUUUUUCAGUUCCUCUCUCUUGGGAAGAGGACAUUUUUCAAGCUUCACUCCCUUGUGAUUUGCUUAUCUCAACCAUCUGAUGUACCCCUAGGUUUGCCAAGAGGGCCAUUUAGUAUGAGUAAACUUAAAAAAGAUAUUGACAAAAUGGGAGAGUCUGUGUCGGACAAGGCUAAAGACUUUCUUACAACUUUGGAACAGUAUGAACAAGUGAGAAUUUAAAAAAAUAAAAUUCUGAAUGUUUAAAAUCAGAAUAAGUGAAAAACGAUUUUAAAGUAUAGAUGGUUGUUUACAUUACUUUCUACCUUUCUAAUGAUCUUUAUUGAAAGCGGGGAAAAAAAAUUUGUUUGUGAGAUAAUAUAGUGGGCUAAAUUUACUGUUGCCACCACUGCUGAGUAGACCUAGUACUAGAGUGUUAGCUAGCGAGUUCAAUUUUUGAAAACACAAGGCAUAAUUCCUACAAAAAGUUGCAUGAUAUUUUACAGGAUAAUAGAUAUAAAUAUGAUAUUUAUGGACUGAUUGUCAGAAUUUCAGGUAAGUUGUUGCAGAAUUUGUGAAUUAAUGUACAUACUUUCUGCCAAGAGCCCCCCCCCCCCUUAUUUUAAAAAAUUAACCAACCCCUUUACUCCCUACAUACUAUAUGGAUGACUCUUUACUUGACUAAUGAAUCCAUUCAUGCCUCAGUCUAUAAAAAUUCAAGCACACUGUCAAAUGGUCAGGAAGGCAAAAAACAUAACCUUAGUGGCACAUUUAUUAAUUUAUACUUCAGAAAUUCAUACUGUUUUUUCUCAAAUGUCUUUACCUUGUAGCAUAGCCAAGAAACUAAUGCAGUUAGAAUAAUUUUGGUUUUUUAAUUUAAAAAAAAUUGUUAGACAUUUUGUGUAUGGUAAUUUAUAUUCAUUAAUAUUAGGCCUUAGUGUUUUCCUUUAAACCCCUUUAAAAAAAUCGCUUUAUUUUCUUUCUUUCUUGCUUUAAAGUUAUAAUGGAAAAUUCUAUGUUACAGUUGAUGACACUUAACUUUGCAUUCUUAACCAGAACAAGUUAAAGACACUCUCUGGUUUAAUGGCAGCUCAUCAAGAUAACGAACAACCACAAAAUCAACAAGGUCUUUCAGCCAUAAUGAGCAGUAUUCUUGGACCCAGUGCAGCAAUGUCACUACUGAAUGCCUCCAAUGGUCAUGAUGGGGUUAACAGCGGUAAAGAGAUGGACAUCUAUGAUAUGCUACAAGCGGUGUGCAGUAAUGUGGUAACCAUGAGGGCUACUGAUAACAACAAGUAAGUAUGAUAAAAUAAGUCUUACAUGGUCAAAUGAUAAAGGCUGUUUAAGUAGAUAGUAGUGUCUGUGAUAAGUUUAUUCAUUGGUGUAGUUAUAGGUGGUGCCACCUGGGGGCAGACCAAGCUUUUUUGCGGUCGCUCUCCCUGAAAAAACUGAGCAUUUGGUUCAAAAUGAUGCCUCUUAAUAUAAAGAAAAACAUGCCCCCCCCCCUCCCCCUCUGCAACCCCUUCCUACGCCAUUGAGUUCCUCUAAUGAAGUUUAUAAAAAGCUCAAAAAUUAAGAACACAUCCUCAAUUACUAACAGUCAAUUUAGAUGAGAUAAUUCUGGUUGAAUUUCAGAGCAAGCAUUGUAAAUAAUGCCCAAAACCCUUUUUUAAAAUUAAUGUUAAUUCAAAAUAGUAAAUCAAAGACACAAUGGGUUAGAAACUAUCAGUUUUGUUAUAACCAGGAUGGGCUGAAAACAGACGUAGAUAAACAUUAAUCUAGUUCUAAAGCCUUUUAAGGAGAUAUUAAAUGCCACAUAUUAUCUUUGUUGUAUAGUUAUUUUGUUUUUACUGUUGUUUAUAUGCUGAUAUGUUCUUUGUUUUGUCAUGUCUUUUUGUUUCAGGUUUUCCUAUACUUAGUUUCGCUCCAUUUCCAUAGUUAUUGUAGAUUUUAACUAGUUUUAGAAGUCCUAUAAUUGUUCAUAUGAAAAAUUACCUUUUUUUUCUUGAUACGGUACCAUAAUAAUUUAGAAAAGCUACAAACCCAUGACUUUAUUUGAAACACACAACAUAAUAAUCAUUGCUGUUAAAAAAAAUGUAAUGCUAAAAUUGUAUACUUCCAAUUAUAAUACUAAAAGAAACUAAUAUGCAUGUUGAACACUAGAUUCAGUUUGUAUUAUUUUUAAUUUCCUUUUUAAAUCUUAUUUCUUGUUAUUUUUCAGAAAUGCGUCAGUUUCCCCUGAUUCAGGAGCAGCCAGUUUCACAGGGGUUCUUAGCUCUGACACUGAAGAGGUGGACCAUGUAAAAGAUCAGUCAGAGCUUUUGGAGAUAGUUGAUGAAAAAAUAAGUCAAGUCCGUACAGAACUUCAAGCGAGUAUACUGGAGACAAAACAAGAGAUGGCUGAGAAAAUAGAUGCAACAAAAAAUGAACUGAACCAGAAACUGGAUUUGAUACUAAAAUUGUUGGGAAACAGUCAAGGUCUUGUAGGAGACAGCUAACUUCAAUUAAAAUAGAUUUUUUCCCCCUUGUUUCUAACAAGCAAAAACUUUUUGGACCAGAUGUGUCUUUAGAAAAAAUGCAAUUUUAAAGAUGACCUUUAAGAUUGAUUAUUUACUAAUGUAUGUAUCAAUAUAAAUACACAAUGAAUCUUAACCGUCAUCUUAAGAACUCUUAUAUUUAUAAACAGAGUCAAAAAAUAAUUCAAAGUACCCUAUAAUAAAAAAUUAAAUAGUAAACAAAGAACACAAUUUUAUUGCUGUUGAAAAAUUUGCAUAAGACUCGAGCCUGCUACACUACCCAUCUUACAAUGUUGUCAGGAAAAAUAGCAAAAUAUAAUUUUAAACAUGUAGAAAUUAUUUAAAAUAAUUUCACACUGUGACAUUUAAAAUGUGACAACUUUUAUGAAAACAAUAUUGUGUUCAAAACAGUGGCCAUGAUUGAGCAGCUUGCUUUGUCUAUGGGUUUUCCUUGAAUUUUCACUUCAACCAGGUUGAGAAGUUCUUGCUUAUAUUUUAUAUAAAAGGCCACUUAACCAUCAACAUUAACUUUUUACUACUGUACUCAUGAAAUUUGCUUUGAACUGGUUGGAUCUCUUAACUUAACUGCAAUAAAACCAAAUGAACUGCUCUCUGAGAAUCUGAGUCUACUGGCAUCACUGGUUACAUACAUACACUUUGAGACUUUUAAUUUUAAGGAAAUUUUCAAGAAUAGUAAUACCAUCAAAAAGUGUUUAGUCCUCAAUAGCCAACUACUGGUCAUUUAUUAGUGUUAAGGAUUCUAUGAAUCCCUAUUAAUACUAUUAUUAAUAGUCAUAAACCAGUCUAUUAACCCACACUAUGAAUAAAUUUUCAGGCUGUAGCAAUAAAACACAUGAUAAUACUGUCAAUUGAAAGAUGUACAUGCUUUGCCAUCAGUAAGUAUUUAUCGUUGGAUUUGAUAAUACUGGUGGUAAUUUUUGCUUUAUGGGGG